UGCUUCUACACUGCAUAGAACCUCAACCCCCUCUUCUCUUAAAAUCUUUAUAGAACCAUUCAGGAAAGUAAAUUUAGUCUGCAUAAACCCCAUUUCACUUGAUUUCUUAUUUGUAUCAUCUCUCUCUCUCUCUCUCUCUCUCUCUCUCUGGUUCUUGGAAAACACGGAAGAGGGCGUGAGCCCAUUAUAGCGAAGGAAUCAUCUUUUAUAGAUGAUGGAUUACCAUCACCUUGGAAAGGCGCCUUCUUGCCAAGAUUCUCUUGAGGCCAUUGAGUCUGACAUUGAGCACGCCAAUAUGUUAGCAGCUUCUAUCUCGAGAACAAAAGGUUGUGCGUGUCUACAAAUGAAAUUGGUCUACAAUCAGGUGGCACCCAUAUAUUUGUUUCUGUUGCAAUGGUUUGACUGCUCUUGCACGUGUUCACUCCCGAAUUUUCUGAAUCUCUUCCAUGUAGUUGUUUACAAGGUUCACCUAGACAGUAAGCAGAAGUUUCCCUCAUAUGGUAGAAAAGCAACCAUUGGACAAUUCUAUGCUGUGAUAUUGCCUUCUCUAGAACGCAUGUACAAUAGCUCAUCGGAGCUCGGCCAUUACCAAGAUGAAGUUCAUGGCCUUGACAUGACCGUCAGAAAGAAAACGGAAGAUAAUAACAAGCAUUUGGAUGUCGAUCCAGAGAGAGAAGACGAGUGUGGAAUUUGCUUAGAGCCCUGCACCAAGAUUGUUCUGCCGAAUUGCUGUCAUGCAAUGUGCACUCAUUGCUACCGUGACUGGAAUAGGAGAUCAGAAUCCUGCCCCUUCUGUCGAGGUAGCUUAAAGCGAGUGAAUUCAGGCGAUUUAUGGGUUAUGAUAUGCAACGAAGACGUGGUUGAUCAAGAAUCCCUUUUGAAGGAAGACGUGCUCCGCUUCCAUCUGUAUGUGAACAGCUUGCCUAAGGAUAUUCCUGAUGCUCUCUUCUUAUGUCAUUAUGAAUACUUGAUCUGAUAUAUAUAGUUGUACAGUGAAAUGCCAAGUUAUGAAUGUUAUUAGUGUCUGGCAGACUUUCCCCCUUCAACUUGGUAUCAGAUGGAACUAGUGUCUGAAUAAUGUACAUUUCAUUGUUAAGUUAAUAGAAAAGGUUUAGUUUUAGAGUCAUUGAAACCCAACACUUUUGGCGUUUUCUAGUUUUAGUCGUUAUGUAAUACCUUAAUACCUUAUGUAAUUAGGUCAAAAUACACAAAUAUUUAGGAGUGUAAGAUGAACCGAGCUGACUCGAUAAGAACUCGAAAGUUUUUGAGCUGGAGUCUAGCCGGCUUGAGCCCAAGUAUUUGUGUUCAAAAGGCUUAAGCAAGU